AUGGGGGCUGUCGAGAAGAAUGCUCAGAGGGUCUUGAGGAACGCUCUGGCUGGUAAUGAUGCCCAAGGCGAGCCCCCGUCAUCGGCCAUGAGCUGUGCUUCCGCUUGCACGGCAUUCACGGCAGCACCAAGCACGGCGCCCAGCAUUGGAGGAGGGCGUGGGGGCAAGCGCGGCAUCAACACCCUGGAAGGUGUCACGGAGCGGCAGCAGAAAACAGCCCGCUUGGCGCGCACAGUCUGCAUCGCCGUUGGUUGUCAGAAGAAGUUGAGCACAUGCGACAAGCGGGCUGGGCGCUUCAUGUGCGAGCCGCAUUGGCAGACAUACACCAUCGGCUACAACUACAUGGCGGACGAUGAGAUAGGCGAGAAGACGGAGAACGAUGAAACGUUUCGGAAGGCCUUCGAUUCUGCGCACUCCCAUCGUGUGACCAUGGAUGCUACUGUCGCGGAGUUCGGCAACGCUGACAUCGAUACGCACUUCCGCAACAAGGCCCGCUGCGAGCGGCGCGUUGGGUUCUGGUCGAGGAGUGACUUGCAUGGGCUGACCGGCUGCAUGCCCGAGCAGCUGGGCGCGAAGUGCCAGAAGCUGUGGGGCGAGCACGACAACCCUCUCCAGGGGGUCUUGGUUGAUGAGUUCGAGGACGCACCGCGCACCUUCGUGAUCUCGUGUGGAAAGUCCGUUCUGAGGAGAGGCAGCGCGGCCAGUGUGGUGUCGAACGGAUCCCAGCUUCCUCUCAGCAGCCCAGGCAGCCCGAAGGGCGGUGCUGGCGGUCGCUUGGCCAGCCCUGGAUGCGUGCCUGGUGGCGAGGGCAUCGUCGACGUCAGGGAGCCCAUGCAGUCGGACCCCGUCAAGGCCAAAUGGACGCUCCAGCUCCACAAGGUGAGCCACUCGCUCGCCUUGACUGGCAAGAAGAGCCUCGGGAGGCAUAUGAGGAGGACGUACGCUCAGGAGGCGUACGCUCAGGAGGCGGAUACCCUGGGGAGGAGCGAGGGCGACGGCAUGCGGGAGCACGCCUCGCUCAAUGAGGCCGCCGAGCAGAUCGCCACCCAGAAUGGCUGGUGCAGCAUGGCCAGGACCGAUCUCGACGCCCUGCUACAGAAGCUCGUGGAUGCUGGCGUCGACUUCCCCACCAAGUUCAAGAAUGAUUGCAUCGCGCGUGCGCUCCAGGAUUGGUCGCAGAGCACUGCCAGCCUCGAGGAGAGGGUUACCAGCCUCCUCGACAUGGUCCAGGCGUGGCCAAGUACCGCCGACGACGGUGCGUUCGAGCCCCUGCAGCCUCGACUUCGCCACGUCGAGGGUUCGCCGAAGGACCGCAUGGCUACGAUGGCGGAUAUCGUGCUCAAGAAAGCGAUCUGCCCCCUCAUCAAGGACGGCGCCCGCAACGCCAGUGUCACGAUGCGCGUGAUGACCACCAUCAUCACGGCCAUAUGCGCCGCGUCCGACGACGACCAGCUGGACUUCGAGCCGUGCGAGGAUGGCGCGGACGAGCUGUGCUCCCUGCUUCGUGGCAUCGUCAUGGUCACUGAGCCCGACCUCCAGGAGCAGCAGAAGGUUGGCGCCGCAAACAUUGAUUUCGACAAGCUUCAGGACGUGUCCGCCAGCGUGCCGCCAGGCGAGACCAAUGUGAUUGCAACGUUGGCGCAGAACGGUCAUUAUAAGCAUCUGCUUGCAGAGUUUGUUCGUUGUCGGCCUCACCUUGACGAGCCCAUCCCUCGCUUGAUCGAUAGCGAGAAGAGGGUGAUAUCUGUAGAUCCGGAGGGCCCGUUCCAGGAUAACUGCGACAUUUUGCUGAACGCUUGGAAGGUGAAGAGGAGCGCUAAGGGCAAGGUACGCCCAUCCCAGUCUAAGAAAUUAACUGAGCUUCUCGAGGCUUCUACCUUGUCUGUGAUUGGCGCGGUGCUCUCUUCCAUCGAGGCUGGCACCUUCCCCGACGAAUCCUGCGGCCAUCUCAAGGACAUCGCGGCGACGUGUAGUGAGGGGAAGCUGGCGAUACCAGGAGCCGACGCCAUUCAGGCCCACUUGCUCAAAGUCGCCCAGAAGCAGACAGUGGUUGGCCACUUGCACAUCUGCUGCAAUGCCCAUGAUUCAUUAUGUCACGACGCCCCUCUCGAAGCUCGCAAGGCUGCAGCCGUCGCCCUCGUCAGCCAUGCGAGGACCUACGCCGACUUCGGCAUCGCCGAGAAGAGCGAGGACUUGGAGCUUAAGAUUGCUUUGGACGUGACCAUGGUCAUGGACUGCGUGGGCGCUGGCGAGGACGUUCACAUGAUAGAGGACGUUUGCAACUACAUAAUGAUCCAAUGCCAGCUGUGCGCCCAGUUGUUCGAGUUCGUCAAGGAGCCGACCACCGACCUUGCGAAGGCGAAGGCGUGCCUGGAGGCGCUGAGCGGCCUGCAGUGGGACUUCGCCAGCAUCUACACCUACACGGGCCUGGGCGCGGACUUCGACGAGCGCAUGGCCGCCGACGCGCGUGGAGUUGCCAUGGGCCGCCUCGCGGCGGGGAAGCUGGCGCUGGUGGGGGCGCCAGGGGGGCAUGAUGAAGGAUUGCGAAGAAUGAUCUACCUGGGGGAACUUACAGCGUUUGCAGCGUUGCCUGGCUGGGCGCUGGAGCGCUCCGAUCGAGAGAACCUCGAGGCACAGGCUGUAAUUGGCAAGGACUUCUUCUAUCGCUGGGCGACUGAAGCCGUUCAGCUGGCAUCUGCAGUGAUGGAGGCCGACUGCGCGGCCAAGGCGGCGAAGUUGCGACCAGUUGUGUUCAAACUCGACCGCGCCGCGAUCUACGGCUGUGCCGCCCUCCUGUGGCACGAGGGGUUGGCCGCCGACGCGGCCCUCGAGAACUUGCAGGGCCGCGCGAAGACCACGCUCUUCGCCAACGCGCGGCCUGCCGCUCUGAAAGGCGAGCUGGACGCACUACGGGGGAAGCUGCAUACCAUCGAUGACGCCAUGACACUCCACGGUGACGAGAACGCCGACCGCUUGACGAUCGUCGGUGACGCGCAAGAGCUGGUCGACCGAAUGAUGCUCACGCAUUGCGAGGCUCUCUGCUUAGUGUUAUUCCGCGACUUCGGGGGGUCGCCGCUCAAGCUCAAGCGCAACCUGGAGGCCCAGAUGGCGAUGCUCCCAGAGAAGCUCCACCAGAAGUUGCCAGCAGCGCCGCUGGCCAACAUCAGGGACAAGGUGGGCAUCAAGAAGUGA